GUUUGUGAACUCAAACAAAAAGAAAAUACUACCAAACCCAUCCUAAUGCUAAGCUAAUAGUUAUCAGUAACAUCCGUAAUUCUGUUCUUCUUCCCAGUUUUUUAUGAUAGUCUUGCUGGUCUUCAUCGCCGAGGUUGCAGGGGCAGUGGUUAUUUUGGUUUUCAGACCACUGGCAGAUGAACUGUUUGAAAAGGUUGGCACAGCAGCAGUUGCGAACAUCAAAAAAGACUUUGGGGAAAAUGCUGACAUUACUGGACUGUGGAAUACUACUAUGGACACGUUAAAAUGCUGUGGAUACUACAACUUCACAGACUUCACAGAUUCCCCAUAUUAUAAGAUGCAGGGCAGUAACUAUCCACCCCAGUGCUGCUUGAACUCGGGGCCUUGUAAUCAAACUGUGGCUGAUAGCAAAAAAAAAGAUGGGUGCUUCCUAAAGAUCAAACAGUUGAUUGAUGACAACACAGUCGUGAUUGUGGCGGUCGCUCUUGGGAUUGCUGCCCUUGAGAUAUGUGCCAUGAUUGUCUCAAUCAUACUAUACUGCAGAAUAAAGUCUACAGGAGCCUAACUAUGAGCAGUAAGGGAUCACUUCAGUCACUGAAUUCCUGCAUCACCUUCUACAAAGUCUCAUCGCUGAAAACAUCUACUGUAAUGUCAGGUCAUGUGCAAUAGAGGACAACUGAAUGAUAUUUUUACUAUAUGUCAAUGUAUCAAUUAAAUUUGAUUUAUAGAUCUAAAAUAAUAACUUUUUCAUAAAUCAUCUAGAAAUACCACCAGCCACACAUAUGUUAUUGUAUAUAUCAAAACUGGCUAAAGGGUUAAACACAUAUCCAGUAAAUGGGGAAUUACAUGAUGCUGUUUCUGUAAUAAUGAAGCAAAAGCUGGUUAUUGUUUUAUGAAGGGGAAGUAGUGAAAAAUUUACGAGAGCUUCUUGUUUAAUAAAUCCAGUAGUUGGAUAAUAGUUGUUUGUAGGUUGUUAAUUGAUACAUAUUUGCAAUAAAGUCCAUAUUUCCAAGUAAAA